GGAGGAGGAGCUGUCAAAGUUUGAGUUUCCUAGAGAAGGAAAAAAAAAAAAGUCUUAAAAGAUUUGUGACCAUUUGAACAAGCGGAAUAUCGCGUAUCGGUGCUAUGGAAUGACACCUUCUCACCGGGAUCUUCACGGGAAAACACGAUGGCUGAAAGUGGUUUUGUGAGUUGGUUCGGUCUCACCUCUCUGCUGUGCCUGGGCUGCUGUGUUCCUGCGGAAAGGAAAGUAUGCCAAGGCAUCAGCAACCGUUUAAACCUUCUGGGUUCCAAAGAUGACCACUACGAGAACAUGGUGAAGACCUACAGCAACUGCACGGUGGUCCUGGAGAACCUGGAGGUCACCUACAUGGAGGAGCACCGCAACCUGUCCUUCCUCUCGUCUAUUGAAGAAGUGGGUGGUUAUGUGCUGAUCGCCCUCAACACAGCAUCCAGGAUUCCUCUGCAGAACCUGCGCAUCAUUCGAGGUCAUUCGCUCUAUGAGGGAAUGUUUGGCCUCGUUGUGCUCACUAAUUAUGAGAAAGCUACAGGUCAGGGCACCAAUGAGCUUCUUCUGACCAGCCUGACAGAGAUUCUUAAAGGAGGUGUUAAGUUUGGGACCAACCAGCCAUGCAAUGUGGAAACGAUACAGUGGUAUGAUAUUGUCAACGCUGAAAGCAAACCAAAAAUGGUGCUCCCAUUGGCCAUCAGCCAUUCACGUUGUAAAAAAUGCGACUCAAGCUGCAUCAAUGGUUCAUGCUGGGGACCUGGUCCUGAAAACUGUCAGAUCUUAACAAAGCUGAACUGUGCACAGCAGUGCUCUAAGAGAUGCAAAGGGCCUUCACCCAGCGACUGCUGUAAUGAGCAUUGUGCUGCCGGCUGCACAGGACCGCGGCCCACCGACUGUCUGGCCUGUCGGGACUUCCAGGACGACGGGGUGUGUAAGGACUCCUGCCCGGGCCUCAUGCGCUACGACCCCAACCUGCACCAGCUGGUACCCAACCCACAUGGGAAGUACAACUUCGGAGCAGCCUGUGUCAAGAGCUGCCCACAUAACUAUGUUGUAACUGAUCAUGGAGCGUGUGUGCGGACGUGCAGUGUUAACACAUACGAGGUGGACGAGGGAGGAAUCAGGAAGUGCGCCAAGUGUGACGGACUGUGUCCAAAAGUGUGUGACGGACUUGGGUCAGGAAACCUGACUCACAUCUUGUCUAUCAAUGCCUCCAACAUUGACUCCUUUAAAAACUGCACGAAAAUCAAUGGUAACAUUGCUAUCAUCCACACAUCGAUUCAUGGGGAUUCGUAUACCAAAACACCAAAGAUGGAGCCUGCCCAGCUUGAAGUGUUCAAGGCAGUUAAAGAAAUUACUGGAUACUUGUUGAUUCAAACCUGGCCAGAGAACAUGCAUUCACUCAGUCCUUUUGAGAAUCUGGAGAUCGUUCGAGGACGAACAAAACGCGGUAGCCGCAGUGUAAUCAUGGCUCAGCUCGAUAUCAACUACUUGGGCCUUCACUCCCUAAAGGAAAUCAGCGAUGGAGACGUUAUCAUCAUGAAGAACAAAAACCUGUGCUACACAGACAAAAGCCACUGGAAGGGGCUCUUCAAAUCAGAAAGACAAAGCGCUACCAUUGAGGAAAAUGCUGAUGCUGCCACAUGUGCCCUGCAGAACAACACUUGUGACAGGAAGUGUUCUACAGACAGCUGCUGGGGCCCCGGCCCGGACAUGUGUUUCGCCUGCCGAGACCAUAGCCGUGAUGGGAGCUGUGUUGACUCCUGCAACAUCCUGGAGGGAGAGCCGCGGGAGACUGUCGUGAAUAAAACCUGCGUGAAGUGUCACCCCGAGUGUCGACGCAUGAAUGGGACCGCAACCUGCAAUGCACCUGGUUCUGGUAACUGUACUAAGUGUGCCAACUUCCAAGACGGCCUGUUCUGUGUGGCUCGGUGUCCACAAGGUGUGCCAGGGGAGGACGACAUGCUGGUGUGGAAAUACGCAGACAAGAUGAAAGUGUGCAAGCUGUGCCACAAAAACUGCACUCAAGGGUGCAGGGGGGCUGGUCUGGAAGGCUGCCAGAGUAAAAGCUCUUCUGGCCUUUCCAUGAUUUCGGCUGGUGUAGUUGGUGGUCUGCUGGCUGUUCUUAUUGCAGGCCUGUCUGUGUUUGUGUUGCUACGCCGACGCCACAUCAAGAGGAAGAGAACCAUGCGCAGACUUCUCCAAGAGAAAGAGUUGGUUGAACCUUUGACUCCAAGUGGAGAAGCACCAAACCAGGCUCUGCUGCGGAUUCUGAAGGAACCCGAAUUUAAGAAAAUCAAAGUGCUGGGAUCAGGAGCUUUUGGGACAGUGUACAAGGGCCUGUGGGUUCCAGAGGGAGAGGAUGUGAAGAUCCCAGUGGCCAUCAAAGUUUUGAGAGAGGCCACAUCACCAAAAGCAAACAAAGAGAUCUUGGACGAGGCUUAUGUGAUGGCCAGCGUUGAACACCCCCACGUGUGUCGUCUGCUCGGCAUCUGCCUGACCUCCACUGUGCAGCUCGUCACCCAGCUGAUGCCCUACGGCUGCCUGCUGGACUAUGUCAGAGAGAACAAGGACAAUAUCGGCUCCCAGUACCUGCUCAACUGGUGUGUGCAGAUAGCAAAGGGUAUGAACUACCUGGAGGAGCGCCACCUGGUACAUCGUGACUUGGCAGCGAGAAACGUCCUGGUGAAGACUCCCCAACAUGUCAAGAUCACCGACUUCGGUCUUGCCAAACUCCUCAACGCGGAUGAGAAAGAGUACCACGCAGACGGCGGAAAGGUACCAAUUAAAUGGAUGGCUCUCGAAUCAAUCCUGAACAGAACAUACACACACCAGAGUGACGUAUGGAGCUAUGGCGUAACCGUUUGGGAGCUGAUGACGUUUGGGACCAAACCGUAUGACGGGAUUCCAGCCAGUGAAAUAGCAUCGGUCCUGGAGAAAGGGGAGAGAUUGCCUCAACCACCAAUCUGUACCAUAGAUGUCUACAUGAUCAUGGUCAAAUGUUGGAUGAUUGAUGCAGAUAGCCGACCUCGUUUCAGGGAACUAAUGGCUGAGUUUACAAAAAUGGCUCGGGAUCCUUCUCGAUAUCUGGUCAUUCAGGGCGAUGACCGCAUGCACCUUCCGAGUCCCGCAGACACUAAACUGUACCGCACUCUGGUCAGCGGGGAUGGCAUGGAGGACACUGUGGAUGCGGACGAGUACCUGGUGCCACAACGUGGCUUCUUCAGCAGCCCGAGCACCUCCAUCACCCCGCUGCUUCACUCCACAAGCCUAAACAGCAGCAUUGGAAGGUGCCACAGCAGAAAUGGCUUAUUGAAUGGGUAUCCAAGCAGAGAUGGAAGCAUUGUCCUCCGAUACAUUCCUGACCCCACAGACAAACUUUUAGACGAUGCCUUCCUGCCAUCUCCAGACUACAUGAACCAGAACGGAGUUUCAGAUGUGAUGAAUCCCAUCUACCAGCACCCGGGUCCACCUCGCACCAUCCUGCCCACCAUUUCUUCAGACGACACAGAGAGCGAGUACCUGAACUGCUUUAAAAACGGGACCAACGGACCCGAGUACCUCAACGAGCUCCCGGCCCCCGCCAUCCUCCCGCUCACCUCCAACGGCACAGUCCACAGCAUUCAGAAAUACCAGCCCCAGAAUAGCAUAGACAACCCUGAUUACCAACAGGAUUUCACCCCCACCUUUAAGACCCACACCAACGGACACAUCCCGGCGGCUGAAAACGUAGAGUACCUGGGUCCAGACUGAGGACCAAGUGGAUACAGACAAUACAUAAGAGACCGUUUCCUGUUCCAUUAAUAAGGGGCAUUGAUGUAUCUAUCGGCUGGGAAGGCAUAGCUAAGUGGUACCAUCAAUAAUUCUACAUGUCUUACGGAGUCAAGUGACACUUUGUGCGAGCUUUCCGUGUUGUUUGCAUGCAGGCAUAACUGUCACACAAAAACCCCCUCUCAUUCCAAAUACUGUUUUUUUUUUAACCACCAAACUACAAAUGACUUUUUCUUGAUCAAAGCUGGACGGAAGAAGACUCAGUUGACCUGAGAGUCGCUGUAACCAGAUGCGCUCUGUCCGUACGUCGUAACCCCCGUCAGAAAGUGAAAAUCUCUUCUGAAAAUCUCUCUACAGGUUGUAUGUGAUGCUGUAUGUCAUCCAAAUGUGUCGAAACGCCUCCAUUAAAAAAAGGUUUAACUGCCUCCAUUUUUAGGAGGCAGGAGCUCUAAACGGCAAAGAUUAUAACUUUGCAGCUCAACCCAAAACGCCACCUAAGGUACUUGUGUUACAAGUUAGAUACACAAUCGUUCAACAGUAUUGACAUGUUGGAAUUCAAAGGGUUGACAACACGUAGCGGUUGAAUGUCCCUGUGGGUUAGUCAGGUCGAUUAAGGGGAGUUUUUAAAGAGUAAAAUGCUUGCUCGACUGUUUGGGGUCCUUCAGGGGGCCGGACGACACUCAUCCUGAAAGAUGAGUCAACGAGGAAAGAAAAUGUUGCCAUGUACAGAAUGCACAGUCAGUUUAAAUGGGAAUACUGGAGAAUUGUAUUGUUUAAAUAUUUCACUUUUAUGCUCUAAGACCGUUCUGUAUGUAUUACAAACGGGUUACUCUCUCUCUUGGAUAGAAACAAGAGAGUAAGAGUUUCCUGUGUCCCCUGAUGUGUGAUAUCCCUCUAACUAUGUAAAGAAUGUGAUGGUAAACAUGUGGUGGUGGUCGUAUUCACACUGCGUAGUUUUGCAGUUGAAAACCUGCAGCACUCCUGUAGCAUGAAGCAUAUUUGUGUCGACCCACAAAGAUAGCUUUAAAUCACUGUGGCACAUUAGUUUGUGCAUCCAGGAAGUAUAUUCUGGUACUCUCACGGAUUAUUUCCCACGGUAAGUAUUUUUUGACUUGCAGCUUUAAGUUUUUACUUGUGCAGCAAAACAGAUUUUAUGUUGUUUUUUUUCACUUGUUUGAAAAUUUCUGGUAGAACUGUCUUAGGUCAUAAGAGUGACUUGUUUGAAUUUUUAGAUUAGAAGAAGUGUUUCCCUGUAAACAUGAGUUGUUUUUACAGAUUAUUUGAAACAAAGAAUGUUUCUGACGUUUGUGGUCUAAUGUAUAUAUAUUAUUACCUGGAGACUUUUCCUUGUCUGUUUUUUGUUUUUUUUAACAAAAAUGUUAAACAGUUAACAGUUGUUUAACACAGGGUGUUGACAACAUAUCUAUGAAUCUGCUCCUAGCUUUACAGUCUUGUCUUGCAAGAGCAUUACACUUUGCAAAUAUUAUUCCUAGUUUUAAAGGAAUAUACUAUUGUAGCAACCUGAAAGCCUACUUUUGCAGAUUUUACACAGGUACAUGUACAGAAAACAGUGAUUAUACUGUAAUAUACCCUAAAAAUAGUCACCUAUAAUUUAUACUCCAUACACAGUUUUGUCACAUCAUACGUGAAUAUGCACUUAUUCCUAAAUUGUGAUUAAUUAAUUCAAAAGUGAACUUGAAUAAACAUUUUGUUUUCUAUGGAAAUACAGUGUUUGUUUUCCCCCCGACAGCUUUAACAAGUGAGGAGCGAGACACAGGAAAGACUGGGAGUCCAGUGAUUCACUUAUCUACUCAGUCGUUUUAUCUUGAUGCCUGCAGAACUUCAAGUAACACUUUGAUGAAAUGUAUUUAGCAGAUAAUCAGCUGAAGGAGA